GGAGUCAGUUGGUGGUGAGAGAGGGAGUAGGCCGAUGGUGAGAGAGAGAAUAGGCUGGUGGUGAGAGAGGGAGCAGGCUGAUGGUGAGAGAGGGAGCAGGCGGAUGGUGAGAGAGGGAGAAGGCCGAUGGUGAGAGAUGGAGCAGUAUUAGGGUGAGAGAGAAGGGAGUCAGUUGGUGGUGAGAGAGGGAGUAGGCCGAUGGUGAGAGAGAGAAUAGGCUGGUGGUGAGAGAGGGAGCAGGCUGAUGGUGAGAGAGGGAGCAGGCGGAUGGUGAGAGAGGGAGAAGGCCGAUGGUGAGAGAUGGAGCAGUAUUAGGGUGAGAGAGAAGGGAGUCAGUUGGUGGUGAGAGAGGGAGUAGGCCGAUGGUGAGAGAGAGAAUAGGCUGGUGGUGAGAGAGGGAGCAGGCUGAUGGCGGAUGGUGAGAGAGGGAGCAGGCUGAUGGUGAGAGAGGGAGCAGGCGGAUGGUGAGAGAGGGAGAAGGCCGAUGGUGAGAGAUGGAGCAGUAUUAGGGUGAGAGAGAAGGGAGUCAGUUGGUGGUGAGAGAGGGAGUAGGCCGAUGACCACAGGGAGGAUGUUUGUGCCCCGGAGUGCACGCAAGCGGAAAGUGCAGCCUGGGUUUAGGGUGGGGGCGGAAGGCGACGAGGAGAGUGAGGGCAUCAUAGGGGUGCACGGCACGGAAUGGCUGCCGGGGGGGGCAGGGCUGUCGCAAGGGGCAGGGCGGUCGUGGUGGGCCCCGAAAAGCGAGCAAAAGAGGCGCCGAAACAUCGGGUCAGCAUGCCAACCAGGAAACCUCGGCGCUGCUAGGUGAUCACCCAUUUGCUCGUGUGAAACUGCCCUGGCUCAUUCAUGUGGUUAUUGGGUUGUUAUACUGCGACGAUACAGGCGUGGGAUACGAGUGUUGCACACAGGAUGCAGUCGACGAGUUCCUACAAAAUC